UUUUUAUUUAUUUUUGAAACACGAAAGCAAAAGCAAUAAAAUUUUUUUUUUUUACAAAUUCUACGCAAGGACAUACAUAUUUCUACAACUUUUUUAUAUUAUUUCAUUACGAAGAAUUGUGUGCACAUAAUUUUCAUAAAACUCAUUAAAUAUGACCUCGAUGAUACCAACCGCACGUUAUCGACCGGAGGUGCGCAUUGGAAAUUGGUUUGAGGACAUCUGUUUGGAGCAGGAAAAGGUACAGACUUUCAAGAACUCACGCGAUAAUGGCCAACUGCUUGUGGAGAAGACUCGUCGACUCUUCGACAACUUUCACAAAGCCAUCGAAUUGGGGGCGCCCAAGGAGAAUGUCUACUUCGGCGCCAUAGUUCAAUUGAUGCCGAUGAAAAUGAAUAUUUGUGAUGAGCGGGUCAAAGCACAACCCGCAUUGUCGGUCAUCAUCAACGAACGCGUCGUACGGCACAGCCAAAAUAUCAAUGAAGAGUGUGAAAUAACAAUCGCGCCCUCGGUAACACCCUGUGUGCGCAAUUCGUUUCGUAUUGUCAGUGGUGAUGAGAAGGAUCGCACCAAUGAGGUGAUCAAGUAUGGGCAACAUUUUCGUUUGGAAUGUGUGGAGAGUCAAGAUGAUGUUCUACUGCUGUAUAGUGCAGCGAAAUCGUUGAAUUUGAAAAGUGUAAUCUAUACGACUUUCGAUUCGAGGAAAUGGGGUGAAAUCAAUUUGCCUUUGGGGUUAUGUAGGAAAAAUAACUGUGGUUUCGGCAAGGAAAUACCAUCGGCGUGUACAAAAUGGUUCUGCACACAUAUUGAGCCGAAGAAACGCUUCGAAACUUAUGGGACCCCAGUACCGAGCAAUUCGGCCUUGGUCAUCACGCAUGUUCCAACAAACAAGAAUCUUGCGGCGGAAAACGUGGUCGUACAAACGAUCUUCGGACCGGAGUUUCUCGUUUCCGUGCAGAAUUAUAAGGACAUAUACAGGCGCGAACGUUGGCAAAAUAUUUGGAUGAUAUGCAAUGGCCAGAGUGAGGGGAAGCAAUAAGUAUUUCGCAGCUAACGGAUCAAUGAACGAACUCUGCGAAAAAUUCUUUUUGUUUAGUAAAAUGUAAGAGAAGAAUUUAAAACGAGAUUUCAAAAUUAAACAAAUUUAUAUAAAAGUCAAAUUAAAAUGAAAG